CGGGUCUUCGUCAGUGUGACGCAGCACCGUGUGUCUGGAGGAUGAGCGGCUCAGCUCGGCUCAGUGUGUCGGUCCUCAGUCCUCCUCCGGAGCGCGAGAGAGAGCAGCCUCACUAACACUCCUCUGUCUGCCUGUCUGCGUCCGGAGAGUCUAGUAGCCAUGGCGUCAGGCCUGCUCUCUGUUGUUGUUGUGUUGGCUCUAUACGUGGUCCAGCUCCCUGCUGUAUCCGCAAGGGACAACAACUGUCAAGCCUCUUCUUAUGGAUCAUCCAAGAUAUGCUCUACUGGAUUUUGCUGUGGUUCCUGCGACUACAGAUACUGCUGUACGAAUAGUUUCCUGCGGUUUACUGAGGAUAAACAAGAUGACUGUGGAGAUAACUAUCACUUCGAUGCCUCUCCAUUGCCCAUGAUCCUUGGUAUUGGUGGCUUCGUUGUCAUUUUGCUCAUCUUCAUCUGCUGCUGUGUCUGUCCCUGCUGCUGCCUGUACAACAUGUGCCGCAAGCCAAGACCUGUGAUAGCUACCUCCACCCACACCACAGUGGUCACCACCGCUCCUCAGCAGUACCCCCAGCAGCCAGCCGCAACAGCUAGGCAGCCUCAGUCCUACCAGGGGGGCCAGUAUCAACCUACCUACCAGCCCGUACCGGUGCAGCCGGUUUAUGGAGCUCAACCCAUGAUUCAGGGCUACCCAGCUCAACCCAUGCCUCAGGGCUACGGAGCUCAGCCCAUGCCAACAUCAGCCUACCAUGGACAACAGUUCACCGCAGGACCGCCACCAACAUAUCAGGAAGCCACCGGCCCUGGCUUCCCUCCCGGCGCGAUGCCUUACAGCCAGGCUGCGUUCGGCCCCGGCCAGCCACCGUACCCUAUGCAGCCUCCUGUCCAGCCGCAGCCCAAAGGUCCAGUCCCACACACAGACUACUCAGCCCAGCCAGCAUUCAACCCGGAUUUUACUGGAUAAUGGACCGCAGUGCCACGCUCUUAGCCACUUUAAACGUGCUGCAACAUUUUUCGAACUUGGCAGAACUGGAAAUUUUUGUAAUCUGAAUCAGAAGAUGCAAAUUGUCUCUGAGCGUCUUGAUUCAUGUCUUUUGGUGGUGAAAUAUGAGAAUGUUAUGACACAUUUGAAACCAUUGUAGUGCAUCUGUUCUGUCGAAAGAGUUGCCAAGUGAAAAUGUUGAUACCUCUCGGCUCGCAUUGCAUGGACUUACAAUAUACAAGUGGUGAGAUUGUUUUUUAUAUAUUUCUUAGUGGCUCCUUCUUGGUCAUCUUGGUAAAUUACACAUAAAACCACUGAGUGCUUUGGCAUUUUCCAGCCUUGUGAACAUGCCUCAACACGUCCCUCCUAGUCCCCGCCGGCCGAACCUGCCCGACCUCUUCCUUCACCGUCUACAGUGAUAGCAGUCAGACUCAGUGGUCAAACUUUGGAGGAGUUUUGAUUUUUUAAUCUCAUUGCUUUCUGCCAAUUUAUUUCAGACCGAUAAAGUGAUUUCAACCUUUUUUUUUUUCAUGUACUUUAUAAUGCUUUAUAUGUGUUACUUGGGAACAAAUUCAAAGUGUGUUGUACGUCUCACUUGAGGAUUUAUCAUGGACAGGAAGCAUGCCAUUGUCAGUUAGUUGACUAACGAUGUUCAGGAAAAAGGGUCUAAUUUUAACCCUCCAGCAAAAGGGAACGUUCAUCACGUCAGUUGAACAGAAGAAGCCUCGUUCACAGGGAAAGUUUUGUGUGUUCGUGUACACAAAGUUUUAUUUCUCCUUUUUUGCUCAGGUUGUUUUCAUUCAUUGUUUUCAUGUUACAACGCGUAAGUGAGCAGAAAUGCAUCGGCAGCUUUGAAUGAAAUAACCAAAAGAAUUUUUUUUUUUUUUCUUUUUUAUCAACCAAACAUCCACAAAAAAUAUUAUACUUACAAAAAUGCAGCAAACAAUUGUGCCUUCUUAGCCACAUUACUUUUAUCAAACUUAAGUGUGCAUGCAAUUUACAACAAUUUAAAACCACAUUUUCUAGUUUUUCACGCACGUUUGAUUUGUCUGUUUCACAUAGCGUUGUGUAACUUGUUAUUUCAACAGGCCACAUUAUUUUGCAAUAUGCAGCCUUUCAAUUUUAGUUCCGAACUGUGCAUGUUAUGAAUCUUUAAAGGUCAUCUUUUUUUUAAUUUAUUCAGUAUUGUGUUAUUUCCCCUGUCCAGUCCAUUUUCUUUCUGGAAAGUGUCCUCACCAUUGCCUUUAUUAGACUGCCCCAGCAUAGCAGUAUAAGUAGUCUGUUGUGUUUGUGUUUUAUCUAAAAACUAAACCAAUGCGCCUUCCUUGCUCUGCUUUGUCACCUCUGCUCUCUGCUGACUGAAAUGACUUGAAAACAGUUUUGCUAAAGUGACCUUUUUUUCUUAUGAACCAGCUGACCCUGGAGAAGUAGAAGUACAGUCACAGCUCAUGUGACGAGUCAUAUUUUUAGCCACCCUGAUUUUUCAGCUUCCUCUCUUUAGGUCAAAGAACAUAGUACCUAAUAUAUUCCAUUUUAGUAUCACGGUUACAGCGUUCAGACUGACCCUUCAAUCACAUCCAUGCUGUGGCUUAUUUUAUUUUACCAGCUGACGUGAGACACACCAGCUAAUAAAAGGCCCGAUGUCCUCACAUAUCUUUGUAAUUUACAAAAAAAAAAGUUAAUUUGUGAGGAAUGUGCAUGCGUUCUUACAUCGACCAAGCGAUUCGUGAUUUGUGUACUUCCUUGUAGGCUUGCCCUUAUUGUGAAAUCUGUCUUUAUAAAUGUGUUCUGCCUGUGAUUUCAGUCCUUUGGCCAGUGUUGUUUCUUCAAAAUGACUUUGGUUUGAGUGUUUGUGUGUGUGGAUUAUAGCCAUCUGUGUUCUUUAUGAAAGACAAACCAGCAGAGAUUUACUCUUGUUCCAUCUGUUUCUCAUCCAAGAAUAAUAGUCAUUGAUGCUAUACUUUGACAAUAUAUGUACAUUACUUUUAUUUUGUUAAAAACCCACCACUUCCUCUGCAGAGUUCAAUAAAAUAUAUAUUUUCUGUUUUGC